GAAGAACUGAGUACGAUGUCGCUAGGCAACAGCAGCCGUAGCGGCUAUCUGUUGCCUAGAAAAUCAAAAUCGCUUUCACACUUCACAGUCAUCCAGAAACGUCACAAAAUGGGAACCGAAAUUAUUGGGAAAAAAGAAAAUAUAACUACUAUCGACAAUCAAGCAAAAAAUAAAACUAUUCCGAUAUGCUGUACCCCGUUAGUUCCUAGUAAACCAGCUUCGGCAUCACCCAGUUAUGGCGUAACAUCACACGAUAAUCAAAAAAACCCCAAGGAAGACCCAUUACAUACUUUUAGCAGUACCAAUAAAUCAAACAGCUAUGUUGAAGGCAAAUAUAAAAUAACGAUUACUUCUGAUAAACUGCUGCAGCUCAGAAGAACCAUGGAAUUGGCUACAAGAGAUCAUAAGAUUUUCACCAUUAGAGGUGGUUGGCCCGUUAUACGAAGAGAACUUCUCAAAAGGAACUGGCUAGAAAAAAUAGAACCAGCAGUCAAACAAAAGUUUGCAUCAGUAGAUGACGUCACCAGCAAUCUACCAGCCAAACAAGAUUGGGAGUCUACACAAUCAUACGAAGAAAAAUGCGAGAAAACGAUUAUUUCCAGAAUGUUGCAAAAUUAUGACGUCGACUUUUACUGGAGCAUGCGCAAAGACCAAUGCGAUUUACAACAUAGAGCAAAUCCGUUUAAACUGAUGAAUAGAUUUAGUAGGUCCCUAUAUGCUUCCAAAGAGGGAUUGGCCUUACUACUGCAGCAAUCCUACUGGUAUAACGAAAAUGGAGUUGCAAGUGUUAACUUUCCUCGAACUUAUGUUUUGGGUUUUCCAGAUCAUUAUAAUUUCUUUGUCGACGAUUUCAGAAUGACAUCAUGUAUAGGGCUUUUAAAAUGGUUUGCUGAGACUUAUGAGGAUGGUGACAAACACGAUAUUCAAUCAGCUGACGGAAAAGUGCCGUAUGCUACUUUACAAUUCGCUUUAGAUAGAUGUAAUGACUAUUUAUCGAAACAAAAACAUUUAGAUAUCGACAAAGAGAUGCCACAGGUCUGGGAUCAUGAAUGGGAUCAAUUUUUAACAAAUUAUUAUAAUAUUGUCCACCAAAAUGGAUUUUUUAUUGAUUUCGUUGAAUCUCUCACCAAUGCCUACGCUAAUGUGAAAUCAACCCUCAAGGAAAUAAAAAUGUACUGGCCACAAUACGAAAUAGACGGAAAGAAGAACAUCUGGAUACUAAAACCAGGAAAUAAAUGUCGUGGCAGGGGGAUAUACCUAGUAAAAAACAUUAGUGACGUAGAUAAAGUUAUGAAUUUGAAGAUGAAAUACGUAGUACAAAAGUAUAUUGAGAGGCCGCUGAUUAUAUAUAAAACGAAAUUUGAUAUUAGACAAUGGUUUGUGGUUACUUGUGUCCAGCCUCUUACUAUUUGGAUGUACAGGGACAGCUAUUUGAGGUUUAGUGGCCAAAUGUUUAACCUUGAGAAUUUCCACGAAUCAUUGCAUUUAACUAACUACGCCGUGCAGUGUAAGUAUACCAACAUGGAGCAAAGAGAUAAGGCCUUGCCAAAUGACAACAUGUGGGAUUGUCAAACUUUUCAAACUUACCUUAAACAUAUAGGAUGUGGAGAAAAGUGGACUGAUGUGAUAUAUCCAGGAAUGCAGCAAAGUAUAACUUGCGCAAUGUUGGCAAGCCAGGACACAAUGGAUCGAAGGCAGAACACUUUCGAAAUGUAUGGCGCUGACUUUAUGUUAUCUGAGGAUUUCACACCGUGGUUAAUAGAAAUUAAUUGUAGUCCGGACUUAUCUUUUUCGACUAGUGUUACGAGCAAACUAUGUCCUCGAGCAAUGGAGGACGUCAUAAAAGUAGUGAUAGACAAACGGAAAGAUCCGAAUGCGGAUACGGGCCUAUUCGAAAUGAUUUACAAACAAAAUCUUCCCAGAACACCUCCAUACCUAGGAAUGAACCUAUCAGUAAGAGGAAGAAAAAUAUUUAGAAGUCGAACAAAGAUUAAAGAUAAGGAGAAGAUUGAAAAAGAGAAAGAUUUAAUGAGGCUGAGGAGGCAUGAUUUUGUCAAAACAGAUUUUAUAAGAGACACCCAAAUACGAAAAAUUCUUCCUUUACCGAAGACAAUCCCAGUCACCAACUACAAGGGACCAAUUAUAGCAGACUUUAUUGAAGAUCUACGAAAGUCUACGAACCAUCUGGACACCGGUGUGGAUUUUAUACCAGUUCUGAGGCAAGAACCGACCAAAAAGAAGUACGAUUUUGGCAAAAUCGAGACCAGGGUACUACGCAGUUGUUCGACUAAGCAACAAAAAACAACGACAAAAGCCCGUCCAAGUCGAAGCGUAAAAGAAAGCACUAGAACCACCUUAAGAGCUUGUAGUACAACCAACACUUGGAGUAAUCUAAAAUUAACUUUAGAAGAUACUGCCUGUCUACUGAAGGGGACCAAACAGUUAUUAAAAGGACGAACAGUUUUUAAUGAUGUCAAUAAAAAUUCUUAUAAAAGUCUUAAUAUUAAUGUCUUUGACUUAAACGAAAUGCUUAAAAAUUUCGAUAACAAAGUAUAGAUCUAUUUUCUUUAACUAAUGGUUUAUCAGUUGUUUCAGGGUAUAUCUGUAAAUAAUAUACGAAAAUAAAUAUUCCUCGUCUAACCCGUCAUUCUGUGACACGGGUGUCGCUAUUUUUAGCUCUUCACACAGAACUGGCUUGAAAGACGAGGCAGGGAAAAUAUUUUUUCGUAUAUCGGUGGUUAAUACACAAUAUGGAUUUUAUAGAAGCAAUCUACUAGCUGUACCUACAUUAAUCUGUCCCUCUUCUUUAAGGCCACUAGAUGGCGCUUGAAGUUUAUUAUAAAAUAUCUAAGAACGUCAGUCAAGCAGAAAUAGUUGCGACUUUCUACUAACGACGUAUAAAAAUAAUGUGUAAAUAAAAGCCGAAAAGGAGUGUUCACACCUCGUCUAACCCGCCAUUCUGUGACAUAUGUUUCGCUAUUUUUAGCUCUAUAGACAGAACUUGCUGAAAAGACGAGGCAAAGAAGAUAUUAUUUAUUCGUCUAUCGGUAGUUAAUACACAACCAUGCAGUCAUUCACAGGCUAGUGCAAUCUGAAUUUUAUAUUAUGCAAGGUAAAAACUCGUGUUCGUUCGGAAAAGGUUCUAGGUUCACCCUAUAAUAAGGUUCAAGAGGUCGUCCAUGCGAAAAGUGGUCCCUUUUCUUCUUCUUUUUCUUCUUAUAUUAGGCCUCUUGGCCUGUUUUUAACCAAUUUUAAGCUUGUAUUCGUAGCUGUGAUCGCUGUCUCUCGCUGUCCAUUCUCGUCACAUGCUGAUUCCACUCUCGUCUUCUCUGUCUUCCUCACCGUACUAUCUCUUGUGUGUUACAGAGAUCUCUUAUUCUGUCGUUCGGUAUUCUGUCUCUCAGUGUUUUCCCAGUUAUUGACAUCAACGUUCUCAUUUCUGAUGUUCUCAGUAUCCUCCUGCUUUCUGAUGUGUCACAUUUUGUUUCUAUCGCGUACGUCAUGAUCGGUCUUACACAUGAUCUGUAUAUGUGUGCUUUCUCUUCCAGCCUCUAUUUGUAAUUUGUUUGGCACUAUUUGUAAUUGGCUCUAUUUGCUUGCUUUCGGACGCCUCUUUAACACCCCCAUAACUACAUAUUGCAACUACCAGAUAUUCGAAUCUUGAGAUUCAUUCAGUUAGUUCGUUGUUAAUUACUAUUUUGCAUCUUAUGAGUUCCCUUGACACUACCAGGGAUUUGGUCUUAGCUGUUGAUAUUCUCAUGCUGUAGUUCUUCAUAAGAAGAAGAAUAGGUGGUCCUAAUUUGCUUAAAUAAUUUUUUACUUCAAAAAUUGUAAAAAUAAUUUUUUUCGAUCCAAACAGAUUUUUUCUAGGUUUUUUGGAUCAUUCUCAAUAAAAAAAGGUAUCUUGUAAUUUUUCUCAUCCUUGCUGAUGCCUUGAUGUUCAUCCUUGCUCGAAAGGCAGGUGAUGCUUUGCUGAAAGAUAGAUACAAACUUGUCAACGAUUAGUUUGUCGUUAUAAUACCUCUCAACAAAGCAUUACGCACAUUUCGAGCAAGGAUAAUUUAUAUCCACAUGUUAUAUCUAAUUCUAAAUCCAUCGACUUAUUGUCGCAUUAUUUUUGAUGUUAAAUACUUUAACAAUGUAACUAAAAGGUUUUCAGACAUUUCGACGUAGCCACCACCUACAUUUCAACUAGUGUACACUGAACGUUGCACACUGAGGAUGGUCACUUUUAACCGAAAACGUUUUGUGAUAAUAUCAAUUUGGAAAAUUAAAGAAAUAAUAAUAAAUUUAUAUACUAAUACAAAACAGAAGUCUUCACUUCAUUACUACGUUGUAAUAAAAUGGAUAUAUUGUUAGUAAUAAAAGAAGCAUAACCGGAAUUUCUGCAGAAAACGUUUAGAUUUUGUUAUCAUAGGUUUCCUUAUUAACGAAAAACUCAACAAAUUCCUGGUUAUUGCGAUGUCUUGAGAAAAAAUUAUUUCCAUUAACUAUUAGUAUUCUAUUGUAGGACAUAAAUAUAAAAACAAAUAGAAAAGACUUUUGUUGGUAUUCUAUUGUAAAGUAAUUUUCCUUCAAUUAUUUUUUCUAUUACAGUUUUGGACAUAAAACACAGUCAAUCAGUCUGUAAAAUAUUUUCCCAUUCUCUGUAGUUUAUCCAGAGAGCUCUGAAAAUCGAUUUAUAGUUUUUUCUACAUUUUUCUAUUAAUUCAUAUUGUUGUUGGCCACCAUUUUUUUAUUGGAUUUCCUUCUCUUUUCAAUAAAAUUUCACCCAGCGUGUAUUUUCGGUUGCACUUAUUGCUUUGUAGACCAGGGCGCAUCUGUAAAAAUAUUAGUACAUUUGGACGUUGAGAGGUGACUCAAAUUUUUUUGCAGAAACUGCUUGAAAAUAACUCAAAUAAUAAUAUUUCAGAUAUCCUCCCUCUCA